AUGGCUGACGGCCGUCCCUCCCAAAUGCACAAUACCCACCUGAGUGACGGGAACUCAGAACCAAAGCUACAAGAUUCAUUGAAACUUCCCCCGAAAGAUUCUCGACCACAAACCGAGGAUGUCACUGCCACCAAGGGCCUCGAAUUUGAGGACUUUUACAUUAAGCGUGAACUCAUGAUGGGCAUCUUUGAAGCCGGUUUCGAAAAACCUUCUCCCAUUCAAGAAGAGACCAUUCCGGUUGCUCUCACUGGCCGAGACAUUCUAGCCCGAGCAAAGAACGGCACCGGUAAAACAGCCGCCUUUGUUAUUCCCACACUUGAACGCAUCAACCCUAAGAGCACCAAGACCCAAGCCUUGAUUUUAGUCCCCACACGAGAGCUGGCGCUCCAAACUUCGCAAGUCUGUAAGACCUUGGGUAAACACCUGGGCAUUAAUGUUAUGGUCACCACCGGUGGAACCGGCCUGAUGGAUGAUAUUAUUCGACUCAAUGACGCUGUUCACAUUCUGGUUGGUACUCCCGGCAGAGUGUUGGACCUGGCUAGCAAAGGCGUGGCGGAUUUGUCCGAAUGUCCAACUUUCGUGAUGGAUGAGGCCGACAAGCUUCUCUCACCUGAAUUUACGCCAGUCAUUGAGCAGCUGAUGUCCUUCCAUCCCAAGGAUCGUCAGGUCAUGCUUUUCAGUGCCACCUUCCCACUCAUCGUCAAGGCGUUCAAGGACAAGCAUAUGCGCAAUCCUUACGAGAUCAACCUCAUGGACGAGCUUACCCUCCGCGGCAUUACGCAGUAUUAUGCCUUCGUUGAAGAGAAGCAAAAGGUGCACUGUCUGAAUACUCUGUUCUCAAAACUUCAGAUUAAUCAGUCAAUCAUUUUUUGCAACUCGACUAAUCGCGUGGAGCUCCUGGCAAAGAAGAUCACCGAGCUGGGCUACUCCUGCUUUUACUCGCAUGCUCGCAUGCUUCAACAGCAUCGCAAUCGCGUUUUUCAUGAUUUCCGCAAUGGCGUGUGUCGUAAUCUGGUGUGCUCGGAUCUUCUGACCCGUGGUAUUGAUAUUCAAGCGGUCAACGUUGUUAUCAACUUUGAUUUCCCGAAGAAUGCGGAAACUUACUUGCACCGUAUCGGUCGUUCUGGUCGCUUUGGCCACCUGGGUCUCGCGAUCAAUCUUAUCAACUGGGAGGACCGCUUCAACCUUUACAAGAUUGAGCAAGAACUAGGCACCGAGAUCAAAGCUAUCCCUCAAAACAUUGACAAGAAACUUUAUGUCUAUGACUCACCCGAGAACAUCCCUCGACCCAUUUCGGGUCCCCCUCAGCCCCAAAUUGCUGAUUCGCAUCCCGGCAAUGGGGAUCGCCAACCUCGUCGUCAGAACCAUCAUGGUCACCACCCAAAUGGUGGGCAGUAUUAUAACCGCGGUCGGGGUUCCUAUCGUGGCGGUGGUCGCGGACAGGGUCCACGCCGUGGCCCUGGUGAUGCCAGCCGAGUAGCUCCUCCUGGACAAUCCGGAGCUAAUCCUCAAGCUCCCGGUUCCUAA